UUAGUAUAGUUGAGUUUUACUAGCAAAUAACCUUUCUGCCUUCCACCACGUCAGCUCACCCGCCGGUUACCACCCAUCAAAGAAGCUAAACCUAGGCUACAGAAGCUUUUCCGGGAUUUCUGGCUCUACUCUGUGCUGAUGGGAUUCGCCGUGGAAGGCUCAGGACUCUGGCCAGAAGAAUGGUAUGAGGGAGUCUGUGAAAUCGCUACCAAGUCUCCUCUACUUACCUUUCCCAGCAAAGAGCCUCUUCGAUCAGUCCUCCAGUACAACUCAGCCAUGAAGAACGACACGGUCACCCCUGCUGAGCUGAGUGAGCUCCGAAGCACCAUCAUCAACCUGCUGGACCCGCCUCCCGAGGUGUCCGCCCUCAUCAACAAGCUGGACUUCGCCAUGUCCACCUAUCUCCUGUCUGUGUAUCGCCUGGAAUACAUGAGGGUGCUUCGCUCUACAGACCCAGACCGCUUCCAGGUCAUGUUCUGCUACUUUGAGGAUAAAGCUAUUCAGAAAGACAAAUCCGGGAUGAUGCAGUGUGUCAUUGCUGUUGCUGACAAAGUGUUUGACGCCUUCCUGAACAUGAUGGCAGAAAAAGCUAAGACCAAGGAGAACGAGGAGGAGCUAGAGCGCCACGCCCAGUUCCUGCUGGUGAACUUCAACCACAUCCACAAGAGGAUCAGGAGAGUGGCUGACAAGUACCUGUCUGGCCUGGUGGACAAGUUUCCACACUUGCUCUGGAGCGGGACUGUGCUGAAGACCAUGUUGGACAUCCUGCAGACCCUGUCACUGUCACUAAGCGCUGAUAUUCACAAGGACCAACCUUACUAUGACAUUCCUGAUGCCCCCUAUCGGAUCACGGUUCCUGACACAUAUGAAGCCCGGGAGAGCAUUGUGAAAGACUUUGCUGCACGCUGUGGCAUGAUCCUGCAAGAAGCCAUGAAGUGGGCACCCACGGUCACUAAGUCCCACCUACAGUACUUUCUGCAAAUAUCAAAAAGCAGUCAAAAUAUAAACACUAGUGUGAACAAACAGCACAAGCAUCAGUCUAAAGCCUGA